ACCACAUUCUUCACAACGUAAUACCAUCUCCUUUCGCAAAAUGGGACUCCUCCGAUGCUCAAACCCGCAUUGAAACCCUAAUCAGUAAUUCAUUUCUUUCUAUCUUAAUUACAUACAAUCAAGAACAUUGGUAUAUGGCAUUAGCGAUUGGUUCGGCAGCAGCUUCUUCACUCGCCCCUGGGUUUAGGUUUCAUCCCACGGAUGAGGAACUCGUACGUUACUAUCUGACGCGUAAGGUUUGCGGGAAACCCUUCCGAUUUGAUGCUAUUUCUGAUGUCGAUGUCUACAAAGUCGAGCCAUGGGAUCUUCCAGGUUUGUCCAGGCUGAAAACCAGAGACUUGGAAUGGUACUUUUUCAGUGUCUUGGAUAAGAAAUGUGGGAAUAGUUCCAGGACAAAUCGGGCAACCGAGAAGGGGUACUGGAAGACUACUGGGAAAGAUCGAGCUGUUCACCAUAGAUCUCAGCAGGUUGGGAUGAAGAAAACUCUGGUUUAUCAUAGUGGUCGGGCCCCAAAAGGUGAGAGGACAAACUGGGUUAUGCAUGAAUACAGGCUCAUGGAUCAGGAGCUGCAAAAUGCUGGACAUGUGCAAAAUGCAUUUGUUCUCUGUCGGAUCUUUCACAAGAGUGGUUCUGGACCUAAGAAUGGUGAAAAAUAUGGGGCACCAUUUGUUGAGGAGGAAUGGGAAGAUGAUGAUGAGUUAGUAUUGGUCCCCAAGCAGGAAGAUCAUACUGAGAAAUUGCCUGUUGAUGAAGAUUCCUAUCUGAAUGCUAAUGAGAUUGAACAGAUUCUUGGCACUGACAUGCCACGUGAAGUUGGUCCUCUCCCAUUAACCUUUGAUGAGGGUAAUAACGUCAGUUGUGCUGAUAUAUCUGCUACAGUGACUAACGACCCUCGGAUAUCCUUGUUGGAUCAUGUGGGUGGAUCUGAAUCUCAGGCUGACAGAAGUGACAGAUCUAAGUUGUUCGAUCAGGCUGUGCAGAAUGAGUUGGAUCUUGGGUCUGUUAAUCAUGAAUAUAUCGGAGAACCAGAUGAUACCAUGAAUUUUGACAUGGAUUAUUUGCUUGAUGAACCAUAUUUUGAUGCUAUUACUGGUGACCUUUCACUAGACGAUAGCUUAUUCUUUGAAGCAAAUGACCUUAAACAUCCUGUGGAGUCUGAUCCUGGACUUGACAUGCUCGAUGAGUAUCUCUCCUUCAGUAAUUCGGAUUUCGACAACUUGCAGCACAAUCUUGUUUCAGUAGGAAGCGAGCAGAACAUCCUCCCUGACUCGUCCUUAACUCUUAAGAAUGUGAAUGAUCAAACCCAUCAAGUAAUCGAAGCAAGCCAGGCCUUUGAAGGACCAAAGGACGAUAUUGCCUCCUCUUCAAAGAAAGACAUGGCUUCAUUCCCGUUUAUGAAAAAGGCGAGUUACAUGUUGGGGAACAUUUCUGCUCCACCUGCUUUUGCAUCGGAGUUCCCUACCAAAUAUCUGGCUUCUGAAGCUUUGGGUUCGACCCAUGUAACUUCCGGUAUGAUCCGUAUCAGCAGCAACGUCUCCUUCGGUGAGGGUGCGGUGGACUUGUCGUUGGGGAAACACGCACAACUCAACAUUGUUCUCUCGUUUGGCGUGGGACAAAGGGGCGUCAAUCAUCCACAUGAAGGUGGGAAGGCUAAUUCUCGAAAUUGGUUUUACUGCGUAUUUUUGUGGAUUCUGGUGCUUUCUUUGAGCUUCAAGAUCGGGAGUCUGAUAUGUCCCAGGUCGUUAAUGAGCUGAAGGAGCAGUCUAUAUAUACAUACAAAACCUUAUAUGCUUAGUAUUUAGCAAGUUAAAAAAGAAUAAUAUUCGUGGAAUUUGAUGUCUCGACUACUUUGUGACUGUUGAACUUGAGAUCUUUUUGUUGGUUAUCCUGGAGUUUAAGACCUAUACGUACAUAAAUCUUAGUUUUAUUUAUUGGUCCU